AUGAAGUUGGUAACCAUGGAUAAUUUAAGUUUAACACAACAAUAUCUUUUAGCAGAUAAAAUACGUUCCAAGUUAUACAACUGCGUAAAUAACACUAAAGCACAACACCGAAACAAGGAGUACAAUUUACGUGUAUUGGUUGGCCAUGCCAUGCUCUUGGAUAAAUUAAUGGAUAAUUUGAAUACUACCUUGACUACUAAUGCCAGUAGUUGUACUACCGUCACUUUUGCCGAAGAGGAGAAUGCUAAAAAAGUUGAAGUCCAAGAAGAGUACCAUAAUAAUAAUGAUGAUGAUGAUUUUUUUUAUAGUUAUUCUUCUAGUGAUGAAGAUGAAGAGGAUGAGGACGACUAUGCUGGUACUGACGAUGAUGAUGAUGACGAUGAUGUCGAUGAAGUUUAUACCGUUCAUAAUUAUAGCAAUAUUGACAAUAAUGCUACUGACCGGAAUGAACCUGAGUUUCAAUAUCGUUUACAUAAAGUGGCCUCAAAUAAUGGAUGUGGUAUUAGUAACGUUAAUAGUGGUAUAAAAAUAUCACACCAUACAGAGGAAGAUGAAGAAGAUAGCGAUGAUGAAAGGGAUAACAUUAUAGUACAUCAUAUAUCCAUUGAAAAUGAGAAUAACGUUAGAAAUAUUGGUAAUGUUACAAGGAUUAACACGCAUGAUGCCAUUAAGAGGAGUAUAACACAUGAUAAUAGCAGAAAUGAGGUAGAUUUAGGUACCUUAAAUGUGAUAUGUGUGUGA